AUUUAAAAGUACUAAAAAAGACCUUUAAUGUAACUCUAAAUAAGCUGUAGGAUGAGGGUGGAAGGUGCCUGGGUGCUGCUGCUUCUCGCCAUCUCUGUGUCAUCAGUGCCCAUCGACCGCAAAGAGGUCCACCAGGAAGUCAAAGAUGAAGAACAAGUGGAGAGCAUGGACACGGGUCUGUACUACGACCGAUACCUCCGAGAGGUGAUUGAGGUCCUGGAGACAGACCCUCACUUCCGGGAGAAACUGCAGACGGCAAACACGGAGGACAUAAAAAAUGGCCGCCUUAGCAAAGAGCUGGAUCUUGUCAGCCACAACGUUAGGACGCGUCUGGACGAACUGAAGCGGCAGGAGGUGUCGCGGCUCCGGAUGCUGCUCAAGGCCAAGCUAGACAGCACCAACACUCAAAGCCUGCAGAUGGACCACGCCUCCCUGCUCAAGCAGUUUGAACAUCUGGACCCGAACAACCAGAAUGCCUUUGAGGCCAAAGACCUGGAGCUGCUUAUUUCCACGGCCACCAAAGACCUGGAAAACUACGACGCUGAGCGGCAUGAGGAGUUCAAGCGCUAUGAGAUGUUGAAAGAGCACGAAAGGCGCGAGUACCUGAAGGGUCUGGACCAGGAGAAGCGGGAGAAGGAAGAGCAGCGCAUGCAGGAGCUGAAGAACAAACACCGAGAGCACCCCAAAGUCAACGCUCCUGGCAGUGUGGCUCAGCUUAGGGAAGUUUGGGAAGAGACCGACAGACUGGACCCCAAAGAGUUCAACCCCAAGACCUUCUUCAAGCUGCACGACACCAACGAGGACGGUGUUCUGGAUGAGCAGGAGCUGGAGGCGCUUUUUACCAAAGAGCUGGAGAAAGUGUACGACCCCAAGAACGAGGAGGACGACAUGAUGGAGAUGGAGGAGGAGCGGCUGAGGAUGAGGGAGCACGUCAUGAAGAACGUGGACACCAACAAAGAUCGACUGGUCAGCCUGGACGAAUUUCUCAAGUCCACAGAGAGGAAGGAGUUCAACACUCCCAAAGAAUGGGAGACUCUGGACGCCAAGCCAGCCUAUACCGAGGAGGAACUGCAGCGCUUUGAGGCGGAGCUCCGUGACAAGGAAGAGGAGCUGAAGAGGAAGGAGGACACGCUACGGCAGGAGCAGGAGCUGCUGAAGGAGCGAGGAAAAGCUUUGGAGGCCCAGAGGAGGGAAUACCAGCAGGCCGUGCUGGAGAUGUCGCAAAGGCAGAAGGACCAGGCAGCAGCUGAAGGACAGCCGCCGGCCGGCCCUCAAGGGGAACUUCAGUUCCGGCCUCCACAACAUGAAGAUAAAGCAGGAAAAGUUGCUGUCGUGGAAAACGUUGAAGAUGCCCUUGUGCAGAAUAAUCUUCCCGCCGAACCGCCGCAGAACCUGCCCACGCACACCUGACCAGCGCACGCACGCACACACAGACACACACACAUACACACUUCUUUUAUGUGCACUGAUAGACAUUAGGGGUUGUACAGACUAGUCGACUUGACUACUCCACAAUGACAUUUCGAGCGCAUCAUCGACUAGUCGCGAAAUAUGAAUUUUUGGCUUGAGGAGGAGGCAGAGCCAUUAACUAUCACUAGAUUUAUGCAUUUGUUUUUGUAAGCCCAUCAUUCCUUUGCCCAUGGCCAGCUUAAUUGACAUCGGAGCAUUCCAGCGCCUGUUUGUGAUGCGCUAUGGCCGUCAACACUGCUCCACCGCAUUUGGAAUAUCUUCUGCUUGAAGACUCUAAAUAGUACAAUGGGAGGAAAAGUCUAACGCUAACUCUGAGAGUUUGGCUUGUUUCAUCAUUACAGACAGUUGUAGCAGGCCUGGUGUUUUGAUGGUGUUCAGUGCCUUGUUGGCUAAUUGAAUAUCCUACUAUAGCUCGUUGGAAUGAAUCGUAAUCCUGAGUAGGUGGUUUAGCCAGAUGAAAGAUGGGAAAACAGUCACUGGUGCUCUUUCAAUUGCUUUAUUAGGCAAGUCAAGGCAAAUUGUAUUUAUAUAGCCCAUUUCAUACAUAAAACUCAAGUGUGCUUCACACAACCAAAAGCACGACACCAAACAGAAAAGCGGAAAGACAUUCAAAGGCACAGCAAAGAGAACAAAAGUAGCUUAUCAAAAUUACUAAAGGAGCAUACAUUGACAACAUUUAAACGCAUUCACAAGCAAAAUAUGAACACUCAACAAAUGAUAUUAAAAGUCAAUAAUCAGAAACGCAUUCUUAGCACACCUGCAGGUAGCCUCAACUGACAUGGUCAUUGAAAACUAGGAACUCUGAAACUAUCGUCAGGAAAUUCUUUCCAUUAGUCCUUUCUCAGAUUGCGGCCCCAAGUGGAGAAAAAUAAUACUGUACCUGCAUCUCACAUUGUACUGCUUUGAUACUUGGUGAUGAAGUGUAGGCAUGAAAUUUUCAAAUGUAUAAAGAAAUACAGUCAAUUCUUGGUUGCUACUUAAAAUCAUUUGCUUACUUUAUAUGACUAAACACCUGCGAUAUUUGAGAGAUUACUACGCUUUGGUGGAUAAUGACGCCCAUAAAGCGCCUCACACUUGUUGCCAGAUGGCAAUUUUACAGAGAUGCACUGUGCAACUGCAAAAGCUCUGAUGUCAAAUACUGUUGGCUUCACGUCUAUCCGGAUGAUACAUGAAGCUAAAUGGAGAAAAACAAAGUCAACAGUGACUUUUGGGACAUGCUGCAUUUCUCAAUGCUCAGCUUUGUUAUGUUCGGGAAAUCAAGUAAAAAUGAAAAAGGCGUCUUGAAAUUUGGAACCACGUUUUAGCCCAUACUAAUAAAUUGGAAGGAGGGUGGGCAGUGAUUCCAGUUCACACCAAGUGCGCUGUAAUUAUAUGCAAAUGGCCACCAUACAGAGGCCCCUGCUGUGCACUAGAACAGGUGUCCGUGUUUGGUCACGUUGUGUUUCCCGACUCCCAGCGGCAAGCACACCAAAUAAGAUUUUUUUUUCCCUCUGGCUGGAAAUGGCUUCAUGCCGACGUCCCACCCAUUUUAUUAAUGACGAUUGAUUAUUGCAAGGUAUUCCCUCCUCCUGGUUUUUUUUUUUAAUACUACUGUGUUGAGAAAAUAUUAAUGGUAUCAUCUGCGACUAGUCGAUGUGACUUUCAUCACGUUAGAGUGUCGACUUAAAGUUGUGCAACCCCUACAACGUGAAGAAUUGAACAGAAGUUAAGUGUUCUUUUGUUGUGAUAAAAUGAAAAAUGUUCCGUUUCAUUCUGGGUUGCUGUAAUUUUAAAUAAAUUCUUAAUUUAUCUCCAAA